AUGCGUGAGGUUAUUAGCAUCAACGUCGGCCAGGCUGGUUGCCAGAUUGCCAAUUCCUGCUGGGAGCUUUACUGCCUCGAGCACGGUAUCCAGCCCGAUGGUUACCUCACUGAGGAGCGCAAGGCUCAGGACCCCGAUCAGGGUUUCAGCACCUUCUUCUCCGAGACUGGCCAGGGCAAGUACGUUCCCCGUGCCAUCUACUGCGACUUGGAGCCCAAUGUCGUCGACGAGGUCCGCACCGGUCCUUACCGCAACCUCUUCCACCCGGAGAUGAUGAUCACCGGCAAGGAGGAUGCUUCCAACAACUACGCCCGUGGCCACUACACCGUCGGCAAGGAGCUGAUUGAGGGCGUUCUCGACAAGAUCCGACGUGUUGCCGACAACUGCGUUGGUCUUCAGGGCUUCCUGGUCUUCCACUCCUUCGGUGGUGGUACCGGUUCUGGUUUCGGUGCUCUCCUCAUGGAGCGUCUGUCCGUCGACUACGGCAAGAAGAGCAAGCUCGAGUUCUGCGUCUACCCUGCUCCCCAGACUGCCACCUCUGUCGUUGAGCCCUACAACUCCAUCCUGACCACCCACACCACCCUGGAGCACUCCGACUGCUCCUUCAUGGUCGACAACGAGGCCAUCUACGACAUCUGCCGUCGCAACCUCGGUCUUGAGCGCCCCAACUACGAGAACCUUAACCGCCUGAUUGCUCAGGUUGUUUCCUCCAUCACCGCCUCCCUGCGUUUCGAUGGUUCCCUCAACGUUGAUCUGAACGAGUUCCAGACCAACCUGGUCCCCUACCCUCGUAUCCACUUCCCUCUGGUCGCCUAUGCUCCUGUCAUCUCUGCUGCCAAGGCUGCCCACGAGGCCAACUCCGUCCAGGAGAUGACCAUGUCCUGCUUCGAGCCCAACAACCAGAUGGUCAAGUGUGACCCCCGCAACGGCAAGUACAUGGCCACCUGCUUGCUGUACCGUGGUGACGUUGUCCCCAACGACGCCCACAACGCCGUCGCCACCCUCAAGACCAAGCGCACCAUCCAGUUCGUCGACUGGUGCCCUACUGGUUUCAAGCUCGGUAUCUGCUACCAGGCUCCCGAGAACGUUCCCAACGGCGACCUCGCCAAGGUCAACCGUGCUGUCUGCAUGCUGUCCAACACCACCGCCAUCGCCGAGGCCUGGUCUUCCCUCUCCCUCAAGUUCGAUCUCAUGCACUCCAAGCGUGCCUUCGUUCACUGGUACGUUGGUGAGGGUAUGGAGGAAGGUGAAUUCUCCGAGGCCCGUGAGGAUCUCGCUGCCCUGGAGCGCGAUUACGAGGAGGUUGCUGCCGACUCUCUCGACAACGAGGAGAUGGAGGCUGAGUACUAA